AUGCGCACCAUCGACUUGAGCGAUAAGAUCCCGGGACUAGUCCUGAUAGAAGAUGCAGUUACUAUAUCAGAAGAAGCAGGCCUGAUUGAGUCUGUGAAUAAAGAGACAUGGUCGGGUUUAGGCAUUGGCCCAAAUCCUGAAUUGAAAAGACGCACACAACAAUAUGGACAUUUAUUUAGCUAUCGCUAUAGAAAGGUACUGGAAGAAUAUGGCCCCUUACCUGACUUUACCGACUUUUUGGUUGAUCGUAUCAUGGAAAACAAAUGGAUGCCUCAUAGGCCCAAUCACUUGCUUGUGAAUGAAUAUAACCCAGGACAAGGCAUUAUGCCACAUGUAGACGCUCCUGCUCUAUUUGGGCCUGCCAUUUUGUCGCUCUCUCUACUAUCAGAAUGCAUCAUGAAAUUCACCUGUGAUAACCAGAACAUUGAUAUCAUACUUCCUCGCCGAUCUUUGGCAAUUUUGACAGGUGAUGCAAGAUACAAGUUUAAGCAUGGAAUUUCAAAGGAUCUGAUAGAGACAACCGAUUCUGGCAUUGUUAUUGAAAGAGACAAGCGUAUCUCUUUUACAUUCAGAGAAAUUAUCGCUUGGGAGGUUGCUGAAAAUGCAACCUGUGCUGGCAACAAACAAUAG